AUGGCCAAGUCCAAAGCCGCCAAGCGCAAGCGCAAUGCGCAACCUGAAAUUCCACAGAAACUCCCCAAGGCUUCUAUCCCCACGCCACCACCCGAUAGUGCGGAGCCCACACACUUGAACGAAAUUAUUUCAGAUGAAGAACUCAACACCACGAUUGAAGCGCUGACGGCUCUUUCGCAAUAUCCCAACCUAACUAAGUCGAAGGCAUGCAAAGAUAUUCGAGUGGCAGUGUACGAGUUCCGCCAGGCUUGCACCACGGGUGUGAACACAGCCGAUGGCGCGAAUUUGACCGCACGUAUAACUGGUGCCCUCGUCGAUGAAAAAUAUAUUGAUGCCAAGAUUCUACUGGCGGAAAUGCGAAUCCGGGGCGAGCAGCCUAAAAUUGGAGCGUUGUGUCGCUGGGUACGGGAUCUUGAUGUCGUGAGUGGGCUGUCUACAAAGCCCAAAGACGUCGAUAAUGUACCCGUUAAACGGACUCCGAAGGAGCUGGAAAUCUUAGGCGUUUUGGAUGCCAUUCUCCGUGUGAGCACUUCGAUUGAUACCAGCCCGGAUGCCGUUUUCUCGACCGCCCCCAUUGCCUUCCAACCCAUUUGGGAUCUGCGCCCAUCAACAACACCGCUGCCGAUCUACGAAUCCGUCUUGGACAAAUCAAUUUUGGAUCACGCGCCCAAAUCUUCCUCCGCUGUGCGAGUCAUCGAGCGCACACCCGGCCCGUUGCGCAAACCUCCCAAUCACCACGACGCGAUUCUCUAUACCACAGCCCCGAAUGCAGUCCCGCUUGCUCCCACAAGCCCUGCCAUCACUUAUCAUCCCCACCCUGCGGUCCCGAGCUUGGGUCUUGCUAUGAAUGUGCUCUCUCCCGACGAAUGCAGAGCCAUCAUCGCCGCUGGUGAAUCAGUAGAGUUCGUGCCGGACGCGCCUCUACGAGAGGAUGGAGACAUGAGCAUUCUCGCCCACAACUUCUAUUGGGUUAUUGAUACCGCUUUCCACGAUCUGCUAUGGGCACGAAUUUCGCCAUUUGUGCCUCAGUCGAUUGAGGGUCGCCCGGUGCGAGGUAUCAACCGACGCUUCCGCGUUUACCGAUACGUUCCCGGGGCUGAAUACAGAUGUCACAUUGACGGGGCAUGGCCCCCGUCUGGCAUUCUUGAGGAUGACACGUACGUGUAUGACUCUUCGCCCGAAGACAACAAGCAGAGCUCCAUGUACACCUUCCUGCUUUAUCUCAAUGAUGAGUUCGAAGGUGGUGAGACCACGUUCUUUAUGCCGGCUGCUCGUGAGGGCACUCUCAAUGGUUACCCCGUGCGCCCGGUCAUGGGAUCUGUUGCGAUCUUCCCCCACGGGGAGUCCAAUGGGGCGUUGUUACAUGAAGGGACAGGAGUUACAAAGGGUGCUAAGUAUAUCAUUAGAACUGACGUAGAGUAUGACGUGAACCCCCCGAAGGCCUAA